CAAUAGUUGCCCCUGGUAACGGGGGUGGCAGAGGGAGGAGGAGGAGGAGGAGGAGGGACUCGGCAGGAGGAUGGGCUUACUCUCAAUUUUACGUAAAUUGAAAAGUGCACCAGACCAGGAGGUGAGACUCCUUCUCCUGGGUUUGGAUAAUGCUGGCAAGACUACCCUUCUGAAGCAGCUUGCAUCUGAAGACAUCAGCCACAUCACACCUACACAGGGUUUUAACAUCAAAAGUGUACAAUCACAAGGUUUUAAACUGAAUGUAUGGGACAUUGGUGGACAGAGGAAAAUCAGACCAUACUGGAGGAAUUAUUUUGAAAACACUGAUAUUCUUAUAUAUGUAAUUGACAGUGCAGACAGAAAAAGAUUUGAAGAGACGGGCCAGGAACUAGCUGAAUUACUGGAGGAAGAAAAGCUAAGUUGUGUUCCAGUGCUCAUCUUUGCUAAUAAGCAGGAUUUGCUCACGGCAGCCCCUGCCUCUGAAAUUGCAGAAGGACUGAACCUGCACACCAUCCGUGACCGAGUCUGGCAGAUCCAGUCUUGCUCAGCUCUCACAGGAGAGGGCGUUCAGGACGGCAUGAACUGGGUCUGCAAAAAUGUCAUUGCAAAGAAGAAAUAAAAUCUAGACGAAUGGAGACGCAGGAGCUGAGUUCUGUCCUGAAAAACACUAAUUUGCUGCUUUCUGACCAAAUGUUUUUCCAUCUGUGUACAGCUACAGCUGUUUGAAGAGAGGGUACCACACAGUUUAAAAAGAAUCCCUAUUCCAGCAGUAGAUUUAACUGAUCUCUGAGGUUCAGUAUCAUUUUUCAAAUAAAGGAAUUAUAUUAUUUCCUCUGCAUAAUUGAAAUAGUAUUAAAUGUCUCAAAGCAC